GCGUCGCUCUGCCCGGCGCAGUCGCCUCCUCCUUGGCAAAUAGUCCUCGGCGGGGUCCGAGUUCUUGGGUCAUCCGAGUAGGGAGGCCCCGAGAAGUUGCCGUCAGGGGACGCGGGAUCGGCCGGGAAAGGGGGCGAGGGACCUAAGUGUUGUGCGAGAGCGUGGGAAGUUUGUUAAAAAAACUCCCUUCCUCCCGAGGAUCCCUCCGCCUGCGGGAGCGGUGGUGAGGCCGAGGGAGCCGCCAUUUUGGAUGUUCGGUUCCUGCUGCCACUGCCGCCGCCGCCCCCGAAGCUGCUGCUUUCCUUCGAGGUUUCGGGCCGAGAAUGCCAGCCCCCAUCAGAUUGCGGGAGCUGAUCCGGACCAUCCGGACAGCCCGAACCCAAGCUGAGGAGCGAGAGAUGAUCCAGAAGGAGUGUGCUGCCAUCCGCUCGUCCUUUAGGGAAGAAGACAAUACAUACCGAUGUCGGAAUGUGGCAAAACUGCUCUACAUGCACAUGCUGGGCUACCCUGCUCACUUUGGCCAGUUGGAGUGCCUCAAGCUUAUUGCAUCUCAGAAAUUUACAGACAAACGCAUUGGCUAUUUAGGGGCAAUGCUGCUUUUAGAUGAAAGACAAGAUGUCCAUCUUCUCAUGACAAACUGUAUUAAGAAUGACCUUAAUCACAGCACGCAGUUUGUGCAGGGGCUCGCACUCUGUACGCUCGGCUGCAUGGGCUCCUCAGAGAUGUGCAGAGAUCUCGCAGGAGAGGUGGAGAAACUUCUGAAAACCUCCAACUCUUACUUAAGAAAAAAGGCAGCAUUAUGUGCUGUUCAUGUCAUCAGGAAGGUCCCUGAGCUUAUGGAGAUGUUUUUACCAGCAACAAAAAAUUUAUUGAAUGAGAAGAACCAUGGUGUCCUUCACACAUCUGUAGUUCUUCUUACAGAAAUGUGUGAGCGCAGCCCCGACAUGCUUGCUCAUUUCAGAAAGAAUGAAAAGCUUGUGCCCCAGUUAGUUCGUAUUCUCAAGAAUCUCAUUAUGUCCGGAUAUUCACCAGAACAUGAUGUUUCUGGUAUCAGUGACCCCUUUUUGCAGGUACGAAUUUUGCGGUUAUUAAGAAUUUUAGGACGAAAUGAUGAUGACUCAAGUGAAGCUAUGAAUGACAUCUUAGCACAGGUUGCCACCAAUACAGAGACGAGUAAGAAUGUAGGAAAUGCCAUUCUUUAUGAAACUGUUUUAACCAUCAUGGAUAUCAAGUCAGAGAGUGGACUACGAGUUCUAGCCAUAAAUAUCCUGGGUCGUUUCUUAUUGAACAAUGACAAGAAUAUUAGAUAUGUAGCGCUGACGUCCUUGUUGAAGACUGUGCAGACAGACCACAAUGCAGUGCAGAGGCACAGGAGCACGAUCGUGGACUGUCUGAAGGAUCUUGAUGUCUCAAUAAAACGGCGUGCAAUGGAAUUGAGUUUUGCCCUCGUAAAUGGGAAUAAUAUCCGAGGCAUGAUGAAGGAGUUACUUUAUUUUCUGGAUUCUUGUGAGCCAGAAUUUAAAGCAGACUGUGCAUCUGGGAUCUUUCUUGCUGCAGAAAAGUAUGCGCCUUCCAAACGGUGGCAUAUAGACACUAUUAUGCGUGUGUUGACAACCGCAGGAAGUUAUGUUCGAGAUGAUGCAGUCCCCAAUUUGAUCCAGUUAAUAACGAAUAGUGUAGAGAUGCAUGCGUAUACUGUCCAGCGUUUAUAUAAAGCGAUUCUUGGAGAUUACUCUCAACAACCUUUAGUACAAGUGGCUGCGUGGUGUAUAGGUGAAUAUGGGGAUCUUCUUGUGUCUGGCCAGUGUGAAGAAGAGGAGCCCAUUCAGGUAACAGAGGAUGAAGUGUUGGAUAUUCUAGAAAGUGUCCUAAUUUCUAACAUGUCCAGCUCAGUGACACGUGGCUAUGCCCUCACUGCCAUUAUGAAGCUUUCCACUCGAUUCACCUCCACUGUAAACCGAAUUAAGAAAGUUGUUUCUAUCUAUGGAAGCAGCAUUGAUGUGGAGCUCCAGCAGAGGGCAGUAGAAUAUAAUGCACUUUUUAAGAAAUACGACCACAUGAGGUCUGCCCUGCUUGAAAGAAUGCCUGUCAUGGAAAAGGUGACCACAAAUGGCCCUGCUGAAAUUGUGCAGACAAAUGGAGAGACAGAACCUGCUCCACUAGAGACCAAACCACCACCCUCUGGGCCUCAGCCCACCAGCCAGGCUAAUGAUUUAUUGGACUUACUGGGAGGAAAUGACAUAACACCUGUUAUUCCAACUGCACCUACAAGCAAACCUGCUUCUGCUGGUGGAGAACUUCUUGACUUGCUAGGAGACAUCAAUCUUACAGGUGCUCCAGCUGCUGCUCCAGCCCCCGCCUCAGUCCCACAGAUAUCGCAGCCCCCCUUCUUGUUGGAUGGACUUUCAUCACAGCCUCUCUUCAAUGAUAUCGCUGCAGGCAUCCCGUCCAUCACGGCAUACAGUAAGAAUGGCUUGAAGAUAGAAUUCACCUUUGAACGGUCAAACACCAACCCCAGUGUCACAGUGAUAACGAUACAGGCCUCCAACAGCACGGAACUGGACAUGACGGACUUUGUUUUCCAGGCUGCAGUACCAAAGACGUUCCAGCUGCAGCUUCUGUCUCCAAGUAGCAGCAUUGUCCCAGCAUUUAACACAGGGACCAUCACACAAGUCAUCAAAGUUCUGAACCCACAGAAGCAACAGUUGAGAAUGCGAAUCAAGCUCACAUAUAAUCACAAGGGCUCAGCAAUGCAAGAUCUAGCAGAAGUGAACAACUUUCCCCCUCAGUCCUGGCAAUGAGGGUCUGACACCAUUAUUGUUCUUAUCCUACUCAAUCAAUGGAACUCUGGGAAGGAGGUUGUGAUUGCUGGCAAGUCCCCCCCAACCGUACCGUGGGCACGAGGAGCUGAAGAGAACUGUUGAGGAGGAUUUUCUGAAGUUACUGCUGACCUUGAAGCAUUGUUAAAGACUCCUGUCCUCUCCUCCACUGUUGAAGCUGGCUGCUUCUGGAGGCUACUCUGCACUCUCCUCCUCUCUUCCCUUUCCACACUUCUCCACCCUCUCACAUUUACAGCCAGAAUCAACAUUCCCUGGGCCCCUGAGGAAAUAAGCAGCUGCUCCGGAGGAGAGGACUGAAAUUCAUGGCGAGAAAACACUCACUCUGUCUCUGCAGCAAGAGUUGUCCCUUCUUUCUACUGUUGUUUUCCGGUGGACUGGGCAAGGUGGGGUACUGUUUCUGCUCUAGCUGGGUUCCCAUCUUCAGGCGCUUUUUACAUCUGGCAUUCAGAAUGGAAAUGUAACAGUGGACAUUAGGGAGCCCUGCCUUUUUCUACUGGUUCCCCCGACGUUUGAACUAGGCAUUAGGCUCCUGGUGGCCUUCCUGUGCAUUGCUGUAUACACACAGACACACACACGUAUGUACGUUUGUUAUUGAGAACUGGUCAGACCAUGAGAAGUGAUUUGUAAACACUGGACAGAUGCAGUAAAAAGGACUUCUGUUGAGAUUUGGCAUGAAGGAUCUGGUGCUCUAUUUGUAAUAGAUACUUCCAAGGCUCUUCCAUCUCCCCUCUCUGUCCAUCCUUUUUAGCUAUAGUCAUAAAUGCUCUCCAUGGUUUUCAAAAUUGAUUUCCCGUAAAGUGCAAAGUGUGACUGAAAAGUCCUUUUAAUUAUUAUCAGUGAAUCUACUCCCUUUACAGAUUUUCAAGUUUCUCCUAAGCCUAUGACUUACCUGUUUGAACUGUGGAAAAGCAGUGGAAGGAGGAGUUCCCCAGUUCUGAAGAUGAGACUCCCUAACAAAAGCCCCUUUCCCCACAGGAAGAAUGCGCAUCAGACUUGGUCUGGAGCAUAUUGGAGUCAUCUUUUCCAUUACUCCAAACCUCCCAUUUUUUUUUAAAUUUCCUGAGCCUGGCUUGGACCUUGGCAUUCCGUUUGAAUUCCUUCUUCUAACUGGAACAUUUGUGUUGUAUCUGUAACACUGGCACUGAAAUAAAGACCACGCAGUGAAAGAA